AUGAGACCGGACUUCCAAACACUAGCUGCCUUUGUGGUUAAGUCAUGCACUGAAGCGAAAGGUUUGUUUGUGCAUGACUUGUUCAUGACUCAUACAAGCUUUAGCCCUGUGCCUACGGCAUGGCACUUGCUGCGCUCAGCCGUUCCUCCAGCACUGGUCACAGCUUGCCGGGGGCAAGCCCCCUGGACCCCCUGGUACACAUGUUUAAUCCCAUGUGUUCUUGUUAUGCAUUCUUGUGUGUUCUCAGUAUGUGUUCUUGGCAGUCCUGUUCUUGGUAGCAUGUUCUUGGUGUUCUUAGCACACAUAUUCAAUCAUAGCACAUUCUUGGUACAUGUUCUUAGUAGUGUAUUCUUGGUACACAGCACUCACUUCACUUGGCCACACCUUGCCCAAGAGAAAGCUCACCACACUUUUCCAGCUUGCCAGAUGAAAGCUCUCCAGAUCCUCUGCCCAACAUAUGUUCACUCCCAGUUCUGGUACAUAUCUUCCAUUCAAAUCAUCAAAAUGUUACAAGCUCAGCUUGCCGGGGGCACGCCCCCUGGACCCCCUGGUACACAUGUUUAA